CUACUGAAUACUGAUCAUCCGUUUUCCGCCAAAUAUAUUGACAAUGAACUUUAUUUACCGCGAAAAGAUUUAAGAAUUCUUUUUUUUUUCCAGUCACUCUCACUUCUUAUAGCCCGUCAAAAGUCUCCGCCGACGACGACUGCGAUUUGCUUUUGUCGCAACCAUUUUGUUGGAACCCAUUGAGGUGGAAUUUCACUUCGUUUUGAUGAUGGAUGUCACUGCAAAUGAGCUUCUUAGAAGGAAUAAUGAUGUCCAGAUUAGGACUGAUUUGGUUGCAUCGACGACACCCAAGAACCAGCAAGAAAAGGCUCAAGCUUUCUCCUUGCAACAACAGAAGAAAGUCCCAAGUAAGAAUCCAGACAUACAUUUCUUUGGAAAUAGAUGCUCAUUUGGUUUGAGCUGUGCUGGUAAGGUUGGUGAGAAGAGAAAGAGGAAUGAGUAUGGUGAAAUUGUUUAUACUGAAAAUCGCAGCAAGCCUGAAGAUGUUACGUAAAUCUAGGCAAUAAAAGAGUGUCAGGUGAUAUUGGAGGUGCAGGAGAAGAAGAGUCUGGAAGCGGAAAGCAACUCCAUGAAAUUGAUCUUUGCAAAGAAACAUUGCCAGAUGUCUUUAACAUGAAUGCUCAAGUGGGAGUUGCAAUGGGGAUCUCUCAGAAUCUUGAGGCAGAUAAUAACUCUUUUUUGUGUGAUUCAGGUUCAGCAGGUGCAGUACCACAAAAGAUUUCUGGAUGUGCUGGUUUGAAAUUUAAUGACUUUGAUAGGCUGAGGGAAGGAGUAAAGUUUGAAGCUGGUCAAACCUGGGCUAUUUAUAAUAAUACGGUGGAUCAGAUGCCUAGAUUGUAUGCUCAGAUCAGAAAAGUUUCAGCUCCUUGUUUUAGUCUUAGGAUUACAUAUCUAGAGCCAGAUCCAGAUGGUGAGAAAGAGACCCAAUGGUUUGAGGAAGACUUGCCUGUUUCUGUUGGUAAAUUCAGGCUUGGGGAAAAUAAGAGCACACAAGAUCGUUCCAUAUUUUCACAUGUUAUUCAUUGCAAUGAACGGAGCAACACUAGUUGUUUCAGCAUCACUUGUCGUUUCAUCGACACUUGCCAUUUUAGUGUAUCACCUAGAAAAGGCGAGACAUGGGCGCUUUUCAAGAACUGGGAUAUUAAGUGGUCUUCAGAGCUAGAUUCUCACCGCAAAUAUGAGUAUGAAUUUGUCGAGAUUCUGUCAGAUUACGCGGAUGAAGCUGGUGUAUAUGUUGCAUACUUGCAUAAAGCAAAAGGGUUUGCUAGUGUGUUCUUCCGAAUGGGAACUGGUUAUGAAGGUAUAUUUCGUAUUUUACCUCGCAGUUUGUAUCGGUUCUCUCAUAGGGUUCCUUCCUUCAAAUUGACUGGAGACGAAGGAAACGGUGUGGCAAAGGAUGCUUAUGAGCUGGAUGAAGCUGCGUUACCUGAAACAAUCGAAGAGUUCAUCAUGCCUUCAAACUCUGAGAGUGAAACAAAGUCUGAACACCAAGCCAUCUACUUUGCUAGUGAGGGAAAGGUCUUUCAAACUGGCCAGAUCUGGUCAUUUCACAGUGGUUAUGAUGAUUUGCCUCUAUACUAUGGUAGGAUUCAGAAGAUCACUUUUACUCAGGCAUUUAAGCAGGAUCCGGUAAUUAAACUACACAUAAGCCGGCUAAAGGCUACUCGUUUCCCUGAAGAUGUUAUCAACUGGAAGUACGGGGGAAUGCCUGUUGGUUGUGGAACAUUCUACGCGAGAAAAGUUCAAGAAAUAAUCACCCCGAGUGAGGUUUCACAUCAGAUAAUGCCUCAAACCUCCAUGGAUGGCAUUGAAUAUACCAUUCUCCCCAAGAUUGGUGAAGUUUGGGCGAUAUACAGAUACUGGAGUCGUUACAUUGAUGUCGAUCGCUUGGAAUUCGGUCUUUAUGACAUUGUUGAAAUUCUUGAUGACACUCUGGACUAUAAGGUCCAACUGCUGACGCAACAACCUGUUUCUGAUGAUCGUAAUGAUAUGGAACAUAGGUUGUUUAGGGCAUGUACGGAGUAUACUUCUAACGAGGAUGAUGGGUCGGAACCAAUAUUUACGAUCCCAAAGACGGAAAGGAUCAGAUUCUCGAAUAAGGUUCCUGCAACGCGUGUAACGAAAGAGAUGUACGGAGAGUUGGAAGACAAUUCAAAAGUUGAGUUUAGGGCAACACCUAUAAACGUUAUACACUGUUGAACAGAUGAACUGAAAGAAGAGAAGACGAGAAGUGCCAAGUAUUAUUUUCUGGUUAGCUUUUGGUACAUCUUUUGAUUAUGAAUCUUAUGACUUUCUCUUAUGAUGAUGAUGUUCUUAUAUGUGAUAUGAAACAACAAAUAUUUUGUAGCUUGGUAUGUUGUAAUUUUUCUCACUUUUUGUGUAGUUUAAGUGAAAAUUAAUCAUUGAC